CGACUUCCGCUUCCGGGGCGCGCGGCCUGGGCGUGGAGUCGGGGGGCGGAGGAGGCCGCGGGGAGGCCCGGAGGGGGCCGGGAGCGUCCGGGGGCGGCCGGAGCUUCCCGGGGGGGCCCGGCCCGGUACCAGCGCCUCUCAGCGGAGCCGCCGGGCCAUGGCGAACCACCUGCGCUUCGUGGGCCGCACCGUCAUGGUGCGCAACGGCAACGUGGACGCGGCCUACGGGGCCCUGAGCAGGAUCCUGGCUCACGACGGUGUCCUGGAGACGGUGAAGCAGCGGCGCUACUACGAGAAGCCGUGCCGCAAGAGGCAGCGGUUGGCCUACGAGGCGUGCCGGCGCGUCUACAACGCCGAGAUGGCCCGCAAGAUCGCCUUCGUCUCCCGCAAGAACCGGCCGGACCCCUGGCAGGGCUGCUAGCCGGGGGCGACGGCUGGCCGGCCGCCUGUCCUGCUGGCCGGCUGUCCGCCCAGGUGCCAAGAAACCCCCGCGCUCUCUAAUAAAUCGGUCAUUUUUCCAGCUC